CUGCAGCCGAGCGCCCAGUCCUGCGCCUCUCGGUCUCUCUCUCUCUCUCUCGGGGGUGGAAGUAGCGGAGGCGGCGGGGGGUCUCCCGCCUGGAUGGAGCACCGGGGCUGCGGGGGUGGAGGAGGAGGAGGAGGAAGAAGAAGAAGCCUCCGGAGAGGAGGAGGAGGAGGAGGAGGAGGGGGCGUCCGGGGGCGGCGGAGGAGCGCCAGCGCCGCCCAGGAGGGAGGUGGCCCCCCGGCCCUGGGGGGCGUCCCGGUGCGGCUGAGCCCGCCUUGGUCCCUGCCUGGCGCCCCCUCCCCAUGAGCCGCCUCCCGGCCUCGCCAUGGCCCCCCCGGACCCCCUCCGCCUCCUGCUGGGCCUCCUCCUCGGGGCCGGGCUCCUCGGCCUCGUCCGCGCAAACCGCCCGCCCUCCCCGGUCAACGUGACGAUCACUCAGCUGCGGUCGAACUCGGCCACCGUCUCGUGGGACCUGCCCGAGGGCGACGGGGUCAUCGGCUACGCCAUCUCCCAGCAGCGGCAGGACGGGCAGAUGCAGCGCUUCAUCCGGGAGGUGAACACCACGGCCACGCGGUCCUGCGUGCUGUGGGACCUGGCCGAGGACGCCGACUACGUCAUCCAGGUGCAGAGCAUCGGCCUGGGCGGGGAGGGGCCCGCCAGCAAGCGCCUCCACUUCCGCACCCUCCGCCGCACCGACAGGCUCCCGGGGAGCGGAAACGGCACCUCCCCACAGGGGGACAUCACCAUGGAGGGCCUGGACACGGGGCGGCGCCUGCAGACCGGGGAGAUGGUCAUCGUGGUGGCCGUGCUGCUGAUGUGGGCAGCGGUGAUCGCGCUCUUCUGCAAGCAGUACGACAUCAUCAAGGACAACGACUCCAACAACAGCAAGGAGAAGGCCAAGCCGUCCUCCGAGCACAGCUCCCCCGAGAGGCCGGCCGGAGGGGGGCUGCUCCGGAGCAAGAAGAAGUCGCCUUCGGUCAACAUCAUCGAAGUCUGAGCCGGGGUCCAAUGCAUCCCUAGCAACGCCUGCCCCCCCGGAAAAGGGGGCCUGCAGAGGAAGUGGGGCUGACCCUCGGUGCCCCAGGUGUGGAUGAUAGACGCGAGACCCUCGGACACAAAGGACCCCCUUGGAAGCUGUUUGGGAUCGUGACCACGCUGUGGGGCUGCUCCCGACCGCCUUCCUUCACUGCCAGCAGCAGCAUCCGGGGGGCCCUGCCAUUCUUCCCCCCCAAAAGCCGCACCACCGACUGCCUUCCCUGCACUGCCGAGACCCCCUGCCUUUUCCUCCUCUGCUGCCUGCACGGAGCCUGACCCCCAGGCAUGGGCCAACUUGGGCCCUCCCGCCAGGUGUUUUGGACUUCAACUCCCACCAUUCCUAACAGCCGGUAGGCUGUUAGGAAUGGUGGGAGUUGAAGUCCAAAACACCUGGCGGGAGGGCCCAAGUUGGCCCAUGCCUGCUGACCCCGGGUAUGUGGGGGGUUAGGGUGGUCUUCCUUUGCAGCCCAGAAAACUGACAGCAACCCAGCGAUUCCGGCCGUGAGAUUGUUUAGGUUUGUAUGGCAUUGAAUUAUUGCCAAGUUUGGAAGCCACUCUUGAGUGGGGAGCGGGGUAAAAAUAUUGUAAAUAAACAAAUAUGCAGGGAAAGCACUACCAAAGCACUCCCGGCAGAUGGCCAUCCAACCUUCAAAGAAGGAGGCUCCAAUGGACCCCGAGGCAGAGAGUUCCACUGCUGAACAGUCAGGAAGUUCUUCCUAUUGCUCCCGUCCUUUGUAAUGUGAAGUCUUCGUUUCCUCUCUGGAGAUUUUGAAGCAGAGUCUGGAUGACCGUCUGUUGGGAGGAUUUGGCUGGGAGGAUGGGCUGGAUGACCCUUGGGGUUCCCUUCCAACGUGAGGAUUACACAGUCAGAACUGCAUCUGCCAAUCAUAACAAAAGUUGGGGGGGGGCAAGAGAGGCCACAUUGCUGACCCAGAGGAAGUCCCCCUCCCCAGGUAGCCCCCCUCCCCAAGGCAAUUUAUAUAUAUAUAUAUAUAUAUAUAUAUAUAUAUAUAUAUAUAUAUACUAGCUGUGCCCGGCCACGCGUUGCUGUGGCAAAGUGGUGGUGGUAUCGGUUAAAACUUGUUGUGGAAUUUUUAUUUGACGUUAUUUGUAUUUUUUUAAAAUUAAUUUUAUUGUCACUUAUCUUUUUUAUUUAUUAUAUUUUAUUAUUUUGUUGUAUUAUUUUUAGUCAUUUUGUUAUAGUAUUUUAUUGUAUUAAUUAUUUUAGUGUUUUUUAUAAUUUUUUAUUGUAUUAUUUGUAUUUAUUUUUUAUCAUUAUUUUAUUAACACUGGGCUGAGUGGGUUGCUAGGAGACCAAGUGGGCGGAGCUUAGCCUUCUAACUGGCAGCAAUUGGAUAAAAACAAUUAUUCCUCUCCCUCUAAUUAGGAAUUUAUUUUUCUUUUCUUUUUGUUGUAUCAACCUAGAGGCAUGGAUGAGGGGUUGUGAUGUCAAUUUUCGAGGUUGUGG